AUGGGGUCAAACACACUUGGGAAGGCUGCAACGUUAGAUGAGCUUUUGAAUGCUUGUAUUGAAAUGUUUGAUGACAAAGGAAAUCGGUGCUCCAGCCAUUUGCCAAGAACCUUUCUUUUAAUGCACCAGUGGUAUCUGCCUUCCACAGAGCUGGCUGGCAAACUUCUGUCCACAUAUAGAGAUGCCAAUGGGGAGAACUGCAAUGAAUUAAGAUUAAAAAUCUGCUAUUUCAUGAGAUACUGGAUUUUGGAAUUUCCUGCAGAGUUUAACUUGGAUCUUGGGCUGAUUCGUUUGACUGAAGAGUUUCGAGAAGUAGCCAGCCAGCUCGGAUAUGAGGAUCACAUCCAUCUCAUUGAUAUCUCCAGCAUUCCUUCUUAUGACUGGAUGAGAAGAGUUACACAGAGGAAGAGGAUUUCUAAGAAGGGAAAAGCCUGCCUGCUGUUUGAUCAUCUGGAGCCCAUCGAGCUAGCUGAACACCUCACUUUUCUGGAGCAUAAAUCUUUCAGGAGAAUUUCUUUCACAGACUACCAAAGCUAUGUGAUCCACGGCUGCUUGGAGAACAAUCCUACUUUGGAGAGAUCUAUUGCUUUAUUUAAUGGUAUCUCCAAAUGGGUCCAGCUCAUGGUUCUCAGCAAACCAACACCCCAGCAAAGGGCAGAAGUAAUCACAAAGUUUAUCAAUGUUGCACAGAAGCUCCUUCACCUCCAGAACUUCAACACACUGAUGGCAGUUGUUGGAGGCCUAAGCCACAGCUCGAUUUCUCGCCUGAAGGAAACUCACUCUCAUCUGUCUUCAGAAGUCACAAAGGACUGGAACGAAAUGACAGAGCUGGUAUCUUCCAAUGGGAACUACUGCAACUACCGCAAGGCUUUUGCUGACUGUGUUGGCUUCAAAAUUCCUAUUUUAGGAGUUCAUUUGAAAGACUUGAUUGCUGUCCAUGUCAUUUUUCCUGACUGGAUAGAUGAGAACAAAGUUAACAUAGUGAAAAUGCAGCAGCUUUCCAUCACCUUGAGUGAACUGAUUUCUCUGCAAACUGCCUCUCAUCAUUUAGAGCCUAAUAUGGAUUUAAUUAACCUGCUAACUCUGUCUCUGGACCUCUAUCACACUGAAGACGAUAUCUACAAGCUCUCACUGGUGCUGGAACCGAGGAACUCCAAAUCUCAGCCUACCUCCCCGACGACCCCCAACAAGCCAGUAGUGCCACUGGAGUGGGCAUCUGGAGUGGUACCAAAACCCGACCCUACCGUCAUUAACAAGCACAUACGAAAGCUGGUGGAUUCUGUCUUUAGGAACUACGAUCAUGACCACGAUGGCUACAUUUCUCAGGAAGACUUUGAGAGUAUAGCUGCCAACUUCCCCUUUUUGGACUCUUUCUGUGUGCUGGACAAAGACCAAGAUGGUCUUAUAAGCAAAGAAGAAAUGAUGGCUUACUUUCUGAGAGCUAAAUCACAGUUCCAGUGUAAAAUGGGACCGGGGUUUAUUCAUAACUUUCAGGAGAUGACCUAUCUUAAACCAACUUUCUGUGAGCACUGUGCAGGAUUUCUCUGGGGUAUAAUCAAACAAGGCUACAAAUGCAAAGAUUGCGGUGCCAACUGUCAUAAGCAAUGCAGAGACCUGCUCGUACUGGCAUGCAGGAAAUUUUCCAGAGGAACCUCAGUAGGCAGCAACCAUGGCUCUCUGCCUAGCAGUCCGUCUCUGCCUCCAGUCCAAGAUGAAGUAUUUGAAUUUCCCAGUGUUGCUGCGGAACACCAGGACCUUGACGGCCGAGCUAUCACCCUUGUCACUGGCUCUUCACGGAAAAUUUCGGUGCGGCUGCAGAGGGCGACCACCAGCCAAGCAACACAGACAGAACCACUCUGGCAUGAGCCAGGCUGGAAUGAUUCAGGUUCCCAUACUUUCCCCAAAAUGAAGUCCAAAUUCCACGGCAAAGCUGGGAAGAACAAAGGCUUUGCAAAAUGGGAGAACGAAAAGCCCAACAUGCAGGCUGAUAUAGAGCUGGAAGCCGAGGCCCCACAACACAUACAGGAUCACAACGGAAUAGAAACCCUCCUAGAAAGACAAGAAUCUGAGGAUAGCUGAUUGCUCACCCUGAAGCACAGAAAAACAGAGAUGACAAC